CGCGAACAUCCGCAAAGAUGCUGCUUUUGAGGAAUCUCUGCUGUUUUCUGCUCUGCUGUGUGUUUGAGGUGAGCGUUGCGCGCAGGACUGAAGAAGCGGAGAGUUUGGAGAAGAUGGAGAGCGCGCGCUGCGUGUCCCGCUGCCUGACGCUGCACAUCACGCAGAUCACCGCGGCCUUCAGACACCUGCAGAAUGACCGCGUGUUGGGCUGGUGUGAGAACCACAGGAGAUGUUCACAGUGCUUACAACCAUGCAAGGAAUUAUGGGAAACAAGACGAGCCCUGUCUCCCAAGACCUGUGAGCAUCAUGAGUGUGUGACGAGCGCUGAGUUCCUGAGGUCGCUACGUGUGCAGAAGCAGGGUGACUGUCCUCCAGCGCAGCGGGCGUCAGGCUUCGCUGCAGCCUGUGUGGAGAGCUGUGCGCGGGACCGCGAGUGCUCGGGGGUAAAGAAGUGCUGCUCAAACGGAUGCGGACACACCUGCCAGUCUCCAGCCAACCUGUUCAAAGGGGUCCCGCUGAAGCCAAGAAGAGACAUUUCCUUUUCAGAGGACCAUCAGGGACAUGUGAAGGUGACAUGGAUGUCUAAGUUUAACGUCUCCGUCGAGCCGGUGCUUUAUGUCCUGCAGAGGAGGUGGAAUCAUGGGAUUCACCCCAGUGAGGACGAAGCGUCGGCCUGGCAGACAGUUCUCAUGACCAUGGAGGACCGCUCGGUGUUGAAGGACAUCCGGCCUCAUAGGUGGUACCAGUUUCGAGUGAGCGCCGUCAACAGUCAGGGCACGAGGGGCUUCACCACUCCCAGCAAGCAUUUCUUCUCUGUGCGAGAUCCGCUUCCCCCAGAGACCCCACAGAACGCCAGGACGGCCAACCAGACGCUCCACCCUGACGGCACAGUGAGUGUUCUGGUCCUGUGGGAGACCCCCCGCGAGAGCGACCUGGUGGUUCACCAUCACAAGGUGACCUGGAGCCCUCGAGGAACACCCUCCAGCAGCCAGAGCCGGGCGGGAAGGGUCACGGACGGGGAUGUAACACAGAUGGAGCUUCAGGGUCUCCAGCCCAACACCCCCUACACCGCUCAGAUUCAGGCCAUCUCUUACUGGGGUCAGAAUCGGCUGAAGAGCAGCCGAGCUCACAUCUCCUUCACCACCACCAGCCAAAACUCUGCAACGUCCUCCAAUGGAGAGUUCUCCAAUGAGCUCCCCGUUUCCCACUCGUCUCCCAGUGUCCUGAGGCUGGAAGCGGCCGCACCUCAUUAUCACGACAACCAGCUGCAGGUCAAGGUCUUCUGGAAGAGCCGAGUCCAAGAAAGCCAGAAGGACUCCAGUUCAUAUAUUCUGAGAUGGUAUCCUGAGGUUUGUUCCCAUAAUGUGACGAAAGAUGAGAAAACGGCGACAGUUCAGGGAACACAUUAUGUGAUUACCGGCCUGCUGUUUGCCUGUAAGUACCGUGUGGCAGUGAAGCCCGUUGCAGAGCAGAGGUCAGAGGUCACGACUUCGGUGACCACCCCACUUUGCUUAUCGCUAAUGGGGAGACGGAAAAAACCCGCUGCCUGCGCCAGAGAGGAGCGCCACCCUCAGUUGAAGAAAGCCCUGCGGAGGCCUGAGAAGCUGGCAGUGCUGUUUCAGCCGGUGAACGGCUCCCUGCAGGCGCUUUUCAGCUGGCAGCUUUCACCUGAGAGCUCCGGUCAGACGCCCAGCUCCGGAUUCCAGUUCUCCUGGGUCAAAGUGUCCAGCGGCAGCAGCAACGGCUCACUGAUCUCGCAAACACACAUCCUGCCACCGGAUCAGCUGUCGCUCACUGUAGAUGCACUUCAGCCGUCCAGUGUGUACAGAGUUCAGGUGCAGGUUCUGUCUGAAGCCGGAAAUGGACCGUCGGUGGCCAAAACCCUCCACACUCCUGCUUUAAACAGCACCAUCCACUGAGAUGGCUGAAAGAUGAGGAACCGUGAUGAGAUGCUCGUGAUGUUUCUGAUUUGGACGAAUCCUAAAUCUCCUACAUGACUAUGACAGCGCUCCUCAUCCUCUCCUGUCUGUUGUCAUGGAGACGCUGUGACGGGACCAGGCCACGCCCACCGGAGCCGCUGAUCACUGCAGAUAACGGCAGUGUGCUGUAACACAUGAACAUUGAAUAUCCACUCCAUGUUUUCUUAUGUACAAAUGCGUAGCACUGAUGUAUGUAGUAUCUGCAUAGUUAUGCGUCCUGUUACUUUAUUGACACGUAUGUUUGUACUCAAUGGGCCUCAUUUAUGAAACACAAGCAGUAUGAGUUUCCGUCUCAGUUGGUUUGCAUGUGAAAUCAGUAAAUCAGUUAUGCUCUUGUUUCAUAAAUAAAGACUAUAAAGAACUGUUAUAAUCACCAGAAUCAUUCACCUUCCUCUGAAUUUUGAUUUAUUGUUUAAAUAUUCCCCAGAUGAUGUUGAACAGGUUGAGGAAAUGUUCACAGUGUGUCUGAUAAUGUUUGUUCUUCUGGAGAAAGUCUGAUUUGUUUUAUUUGGGCUAGAAUAAAAGCAGUUUUUAAUUGUUUAAACAGCAUUUUAAGCUCAAUAUUAUAUAAGUAAAAACAUAUUAGACUGUAAAAGCGAUUAAUAGGGCCAGGCAGAAUCUGCAGGCAUGUUUGCUAUAUAUUACACAUGGAAAAUCUGCAGAUUUAUGCGGAAUGAUUUCUGGAAUAUUAUAACGAAAAACUAAAUAUAUGUGGAAUUUAAAAAUGUUUAUUUUUUACCAUUCAUUUAAUGUGUGCAAUGCAAAUCCAAUUAGAUCCACUUCUUUGGUAAACUCUUUUGGCAGGAUAUAUAUAAUAUAUCUACUAAAGCAGUGUUUCUCAACCACGUUCCUGGAAGACGACAUGUUUCGGACGUCUCCUUUGUCUGUCAUACCCAUUCCAGGUCUUUCAGUCUCUGCUAACGAGCUGAUGAUCUGAAUUAGGUGUGUUUGGUUAAGGAGACAAGGAAAAUGUGCAGGGCUGGUUAUCCACCAGGAACAUGGUUGAGAAACACUGAUCUAAAGGAUAGAACAUAUUAUUUUACAAACUGUAUAGUAAAUAAAUCACAUGAUAAUAAUAAUUCAUUCAUUCAUUUUCUUUUUGGCGUAGUUUUGGCUUUAUUAAUCUGGGCCCACCACAGCGGAAGGAACCGCCAACUUUGAACAUUUUCAUAUUUGUCAAUAAUAUUACUGAAACUAAUUUAAAAACUGAAUAAAUGUGCAUGUACACACAUUUAUAGACCUAAAUAUAUAGACGUAAUUAUGGGCUAGAAAUGAGCAGAUCUCUGCAUGUGAGGAUUUCGUGUGGGUCUAGUUGGUCCUGGAAGGCCGGUGUCCUGCAGAUUUCAGUUCCAAGCCCAGUUAAACACACCUGAAGCACCUCAUCAAGCUCUUUGUACACUAGAAACUUCCAGAGAGAUGUGUUGAGGGGAGUUGGAGCUAAACUUUCCAGGACACCGACCCUCCAGGACUGUGUUUCGACACCCCUGACCUAGUGCAUAGGUCUCAAACUGGACUCCUGGAGGGCCGCAGGUCUGCACAGUUUUUCUUCAACCCUAAUCAAACACAGCUGAUCCACUAAUCAAGGUGUUCAAGACUACUGAGACUAUAAGCAGGUGUGGGUUUGAGGCAAACUAUGCAGAGCUGCGGCCCUCCAGGAAUUGAGUCGUUAGUUAACAAGCAAGUAAACCCUUUGUAACUUUAAACCAUUGAGUUGACUUUAUUUCAUUUUUUAUAAUUGUGCACAUAGUUUAUUUACUUAAUAACUUUAAGGCGACAAUAUUUUUGAGUCGACUUAAAAAGCGAUGGGUUUACUUAUUUUUGCUUUCUUUUUUUAGGACAGCCCAUCAAUCACUGUUUACAGUUUAUAAAACCUCAUUGCUAUGUUGAACAUCUCUGGAGAAUUAUUUAAAACAGAUUUAAAGGAGGGUGAAUCAUUUAUGCUUUGUUAUAUGAUAUAAAACUAUAGAUGUUUUUUUAUUUAACACUGUAAUAUAUUACAUUUCAAUGCAUCUCUAAAUUCGUUGGUUUCAUGAGUCUCUGGUUAGGACGGGGUGAUCUGAACACGGCUAUUUCUGAACAGCAGCAUGUCUGAUUUUAUUAUGGUGAAUGUAAUUCAUUAAUGUGGAGCAGAAGGAGUUUAAUGCUGAACUUUCUAUGAGCAAUAGUGAGAGAUGUCAGUGCCUUAUACUGUAUCAGUUAUAUCAGGCUAUGGGACUGAGAAGUGCUGCUUUAACAGGCCAAUGCUUUCAGACUUAAACGCUUUUGUAAGAUGUAUGUUUGUACAAUAUAGCUGGUGUUUUGUGCUUUGUAAAUAUUGAAUUUGAUCUAUUAUCUGUGGUUUGUUGUUGAUAAUAAACUAAAAGCUCC